AUGCAGAGAGAUGAUAUAGAAACCCUGACCCAUGUUGUGGAUAGUCAGGUGCACUUGGUGCUAAUGCUGAUGGAGUUUGAAUACCUAAUAAAAUAUUUGAUUAUUAGGGAAUACAGAGGGAGAGAGAAACUGAAGAAUGACCCUCUAGCAUUUGUGAAAUGUCUUCUCACUUCUUGGACAGCUUUUAGUGAUGUGAAGAUUCAAAUGAAAUGUGUACAUAGGCUGUAUAUGCCAGCCACAGUUUCCAUUUUGAGCAAGCCCAAGAAGUUAAACGGAGGUAAAAUAUUUACCUUUCAGGUUGCUUCCAUACGACAACAUCUUGCAUCCAUUUAUGAAAAACAAGAAGAUUGGAGAAAUGCUGCCCAAGUACUUGUGGGAAUACCUUUAGAAACCGGACAGAAGCAAUAUAAUGUGGAUUAUAAAUUGGAAACCUAUCUGAAAAUAGCUCGACUGUAUCUAGAAGAUGACGAUCCUGUGCAAGCAGAAGCCUACAUUAACCGUGCAUCACUGCUGCAGAAUGAAUCAACAAAUGAACAGCUGCAAAUACAUUAUAAGGUGUGCUAUGCUCGUGUUCUGGACUAUAGACGGAAAUUUAUUGAAGCUGCCCAGAGAUAUAAUGAGUUGUCUUACAAGAACAUCGUACAUGAGAAUGAGAGGAUGGAAGCUUUAAAGCAUGCACUUCACUGUACUAUUCUAGCUUCAGCAGGACAGCAGCGCUCCCGAAUGUUAGCGACUUUGUUUAAAGAUGAGCGUUGUCAGCAACUAGCUGCUUAUGGGAUAUUAGAAAAAAUGUACCUAGACCGGAUCAUUCGUGGAAACCAGCUGCAGGAAUUUGCUGCUAUGUUGAUGCCUCAUCAGAAAGCUACAACAGCUGAUGGAUCAAGUAUUCUUGACAGAGCAGUAAUUGAACAUAAUCUGCUUUCUGCAAGCAAGCUGUACAACAAUAUUACCUUUGAAGAGCUUGGAGCAUUACUGGAAAUCCCUGCAUCUAAGGCUGAAAAGAUAGCUUCUCAAAUGAUAACCGAGGGACGUAUGAAUGGAUUUAUUGACCAGAUAGAUGGAAUAGUUCACUUUGAAACACGAGAAGCCUUGCCUACAUGGGACAAGCAGAUUCAGUCACUGUGUUUCCAAGUUAAUCACCUGUUGGAAAAGAUCAGCCAGGUAGUCCCUGAGUGGACAGCACAAGCGAUGGAGGCUCAAAUGGCUCAGUAGUGGAAAAGUUGAGACUUGAACAUUGGUGUAAUUGGCUGCAUCACAGACUUGUUCAGAGGCGGUUUUAGAAGAUGAGCUCAGUUUCCACAUGAAUAUGUGCACUAGAUGGACUAACUUCAGACUGCCAGCUUAGAAAAAUAAAGCAAGACGUUCAAUUUCUCCAGUUAAACCCCAGGAUAUGAACCUUGAUCUGUAUGAGCAGGAUUUAUUUCCCUGAAAGAUAAGAUGCUUGCUUCUACCCUUACAUGGUCUUUCCUAAUUUUCUUUUGCUUAAAGAAAAUAGACUUUAUGAAAUUUUUUUAGGGUCAUCUGCAAAACGAUUGGUUAAUAAACUGUUAAUUGAUUUAAACAUGAA